UUUUGAGGAAAUCUUGAUGCUUUAUAAAAUCAAACUUGUACAGACUUUCAUCAUCAUUAGCAGCUGUUUGAAUGUUUAUUCACGUGUUUGUGUUUUUUAGGCUUUUUGUGAAUCCUGCACGUAAUACUUUGUGUUUAUGCACAGAAAUGCUGACCAACUUACAGGAUGAAACUGAUGAAGGACUCGCAUGACAAGAGCUCUAAAAAACACAGCAAAAGUGAGCAGAAGUCCAAACAUUCAUCUAAAGUUAAAGUGAACGGUGCUCACAGCUCCAGUUUAAAGAUGAAGCCCUCAUCAUCUGAAUCUCUGCAGAUGUCUGUAGAUAUCAGCAGUAAAGCCAAGCGUGAAUCAGGAGACAGUGAGAUGGAUGUGCUGAAUGCUACAGUAGAUCCUGUAGAAAGACCUCAAAAUGAUGGACACAACAAAUCCCAACAUUCAUCAGAGACCAUCAACAAACACAAGUCACGAUCAAAAAGCAGCAAAGAACGUCACAAUGAUAAAGUACAGAAGGACACGAGUGCAGAUUCACAUCAGACAGAAGAUCAUGACGGCCGUGAGCCAGCGGACAGCCAGAGGAUCAGCUCAUCUGUCAAGAUAAAGAAGAAGAAGAAGAAGAAAGUCAAAGAUGAGAAACACAACACAGAAGAUAAAAAUCACAGCAAUCAAAAGAAAAGAAAGAGUGAAAGUUCUGAACCUGACAAACCAAAAACUAAAAAGAUAAAGACACACGAGGAGAAGAAAGACAAGAAGGUGAAGGAUGAAAAGAAAGAUGAAGGGACAGAGAAAUGGAAAUGGUGGGAAGAAGGGAAAUCUUCUGAAGGUCAGAAAUGGUCGAGUCUUGAACAUAAAGGACCGUAUUUUCCUCCAGAAUAUGAGCCGCUGCCCAGUAACGUGUCGUUUUAUUAUGAUGGAAAACCUCUGAAACUCGAUCUGCCUGCGGAGGAAGUCGCAACGUUUUACGCCAAGAUGUUGGAUCACGAGUAUACGAGUAAAGAUGUGUUUCAGAAGAACUUCUUCAAUGACUGGAGAGAAGAGAUGACUAAAGAGGAGAGGAAGGUGAUCAAGUCACUUUCCAAGUGUGACUUCAGUGAAAUCCACAAAUAUUUUGUAGCAAAGUCUGAGGAGAGGAAGAACAUGACUAAAGAAGAGAAACAGGUCCUGAAAGAGGAGUCCAGUCGUCUGCUGGAGGAGUACGGCUUCUGUCUGCUGGACGGACAUCGGGAGAAAAUCGGAAACUUUAAGCUGGAACCUCCGGGUCUGUUCCGCGGGCGAGGAGAACACCCGAAGAUGGGCAAACUGAAGAAACGCAUUCAGCCCGAGGAUAUCAUCAUCAACUGCAGCGAAGGCUCAAAGAUCCCAGAGCCCCCUAAAGGACACAAGUGGAAGCGCGUUCAGCACGAUAACACAGUCACGUGGCUGGUGUCCUGGGUGGAGAACAUUCACGGACGCCCCAAAUACAUCAUGCUGAACCCCAGCUCCAAACUCAAGGGGGAGAAGGAUUGGCAGAAAUAUGAAACGGCCCGUAAGCUGAAGAUGAGAGUGGACUCCAUUAGGAAAGAGUACAGACGUGACUGGACCUCCAGAGAGAUGAAGACCAGACAGAGAGGAGUUGCUCUAUACUUCAUUGAUAAGCUUGCCCUGCGAGCCGGUAAUGAGAAAGAUGAUGAAUCUGCUGAUACGGUGGGCUGCUGUUCACUGCGUGUUGAACACAUCACUCUCCACAGACAUCUGGAUGGACAGGAGUUUGUUGUGGAGUUUGACUUUCUGGGCAAAGACUCCAUCAGAUAUUACAACAAAGUUCCAGUAGAGAAGCAGGUGUUCAAGAGCUUGAAGCUGUUCAUGGAGCAUAAAGAUCCAGAAGAUGAUUUAUUUGACAGAAUUACAACGGUCUACCUCAACAAAACCCUGAACGAAUCAAUGACAGGACUGACGGCCAAAGUGUUUCGAACCUUCAACGCCUCCACCACACUGCAGGAUCAGCUGAGUAAACUCACUACAGAGGACAUGACGCUGGAGGAGAAGAUCCUGUCAUACAACCGAGCGAACCGAGCCGUUGCUAUUCUGUGUAACCACCAGAGGGCAGCACCCAAAACCUUUGAGAAAUCAAUGCAGCUCUUACAGGAGAAGAUCAAGAAGAAAAAGGAACAAAUUGAAGAAGCCAAAAAAGAGUUAAAGGAAGCAAAGCGCGCCCAUAAAGAAGCCAAGAGCGACAAAUCCAGCAAGCUGGUAGAGCAGAAGGAGAAGAAGCUUCAGAGAUUGUAUGAACAGUUGAAGAAGCUUCAGUUGCAGGAGACUGAUCGUGAGGAGAAUAAAGUGAUCGCUUUGGGCACGUCCAAACUCAACUACCUGGACCCUCGCAUCACAGUCGCCUGGUGUAAGAAACAUCAGGUGCCCAUCGAGAAGAUCUUCAACAAAACUCACAGAGAUAAGUUUGCUUGGGCCAUUGACAUGACCGAUGAGAACUUCCUGUUCUGACAUCAUCACUGUGACACUGAUGUAAAGAUGUUUAUUCAUACAUCACCAUUGAAUGUGAUUAUAUAUAAAUAUAUAUAUUGUAUGAUUAUUUGUGGUGUUUUGUUUUGAUUUUUUCUGUUGUGAAAAAUAAAGAUCAAGUAAAUGCUGGAGUAAAAUCA